CAUCUGUCAAACUCAAAGUCAUAACCUUGUUGAAAACAAUUAAACAGAGGAAUUUUUAUUUACAAAUAAAUACCAAUAAUGUCGGAGGGAAGCAGAUUGUUGAAGUGUUUGUUGAAGGUGUCGGAAAAAGCAGCGAAUAUAGCAAGAGUAUGUCGCCAAAAUCGUCAGUUGUUCAAACUCUUGGUACAGGAAAAAUCUGACGAGGAAAAAAACCCGAGAUUUGUACAGGACUUCAAAACUCUAGCCGACGUAUUGAUACAAGAAACAAUAAAACACGACGUGGGAACAGAGUUUCCAGACCUGGCGGAGCAUGUAACAGGUGAGGAGAAUAACACGUUCAGCAACACAUUGGGCGAGUCUGUCACCGUCAAAGUUUGUUCAAGUUUUGACGAUACUGCCAACCUCCUGGAAAAAGUUCUCAAUAAUGAUUCCGAAGUUGCCAAUCUACUUGCCAUUGAAGUGCACAGAGAAAUUCAACUCGAAGAUGUGCCAGGGAAUAAUUGCGUUCCUGAUAAUCUCAAACUCACCACCGAUGCACUCGGAAUAUGGAUAGACCCAAUCGAUUCUACCGCUGAGUAUAUUCACGGGGUAGAAAAAGUAGAUGAGGUGACGGGUGUUCAUUUAAGCGGUUUGAGGUGCGUUACCGUGCUGAUUGGAGUCUUUGAAAAAACCACCGGACAUCCAGUUCUAGGUGUGAUAAAUCAGCCGUUUUACAAUAAUACUUGUGAUUCCGAGUGGCGGGGAUCUACCUACUGGGGCUUCAACUAUAAUGGUGUUAGACUGUCCUCGAUAAGUGGGCCAGAACUAAUCAGGAAUGUCGCUGUUCUGAGCAGCUCAGAGAGUGCGGCUGUCAAGUCAAAGUUAUCUGAAAAUGGCUUCACUUUGGUCGAAGCAGCUGGAGCUGGUUACAAGUUGUUGACCGUGAUUCUUGGUCAGUCUGACGUCUAUAUUUUGUCUAAGGACUCCACAUUCAAGUGGGACACUUGUGCGGCUCAGGCUAUAUUGGGUUCCUUGAAAGGAGGUGUAAUUGAUUUUGGGAAUUUCUUAAAAACUGAUUCUCCGAACGAUUCAAAUCUCAUUUACUUACGCGCGGAUAAUGAUUUCUGCAAUCGGGGUGGUAUCGUCGCUUACCGCAACACAGAAAUCUUGGAAUCUAUUAAAAAAAUAUUAUCUCAAUAGCAUUAGAAUGCGGUGCCAAAUUUUCAUGAUCUUACAACUCGAUCCUGUUAUUUAUUCCGAUUUUGGGUUUUAAUUAGAGUUCGAUACAUGCAGGGCAUACUGUGCUUGAAGUGAGUCGGUGUUUUUAUCAAUUAGUUCGAAAAUGAUAUAUUUAUGUCUAAAUACCUAUUUUUAAAGUUGUUACUGACUGGUCCAGAUUUAUAUCCCCUCUAAAAAUGUACUUAAGCAAAGUCAGAGUUAUUGUGUCAUGUGACUGUAUUGUUAUCCAGUUACUAAUUAUCAUUACAAUGUGAUUUAAAGUUACCUCACCGC